AUGCGCUUCUCUAGAAUCCUCACUGCCUUCGUGGCCUGUGCUUCCACCACCUCAGCCGCAAUCACUUGGUCCCUAGAAAAAGCCUCCAACCCAACCGCAGACCAGGCCGACGCCUACGGCCGAAUCGAACAAGCCAUGCGUCUGGCCGUGGCGCGCUACAGCCGCUUUACAGGUGCCAGCAAGAACAUCAGGGUCACCUACGUCCCCAGCGUCCCAACCGCCGACGCGAACUUCAACGGCAGUCUUCGCUUCGGGUCCAACCGGUCUUACAUGAACGAGCGCACGGCCAUGCACGAGAUCUCCCACACGCUAGGCAUUGGCCAGACGGCUGCUUUCGACAGGAAGUGUGCGGCUAAUGAUUGGGCUUCUGCGACACGUCUUCUUCGGACUUGGGACGGUGCUAGUGCCCGUAUCAACUGUGGUGGCGGACAUAUCUGGCCGUAUGGUCUUAACUAUGACAAUGAGUGGAGCGAGACCAAUGCCAACCGACAUGUUCAGCUUAUCAAUGCUAUGUUGGCUGAUGGAUUACAAGGAUAG